UGAUUGUUAUCUUGGUCACUCACUGUUUCGCUCUUGAAGAAAUCAAAUGAUAUGAGACGCUUGUUGAUGAAUCGAAACCUAAGUCCCUUGUGCAGAUCCGUGCUCAGAUUCAUCGAUUUAUCUGUUUGUAGAGCCAUGGCUUGUUUUCUCGACUGCUUCCGCGCCAGAGACAAUCGCUCUACUAGUAAUCUCGUCUCUCACUCUUCACUCGCCAAUCCCAGAAAAGCUCAGGACUCGCAGAAUGAUUUGUCAGCUUUGUUUCUUUCUGAAGAGAAAGCAGCUUCUUCGCCUUGCUUUGACAAAGAAAGAUUUGAUUUGGAUUCUAUUCAUAUUGACAAAGGCCUAAGGGAUGAGGCACGGUUUCUUAAAGCUUGUGGUACUAUAACGGAGACACCUAUUGAAAUUAGGAAAGCAUCCCAAAAACUAAGUAGUCCUCAACAUUCUGGAUCUUCCCAUUUUCACUCAUGGAUUUCCAGUAGCUCCGCGAUUGGGUCUCAUCUGGCUGAAUCCUCAACCCCCAUGAAAGCUUGUGAAGAGGUGGGAAGACCAUCAUUCACUUCAGAGCAAACAGCUAGCAGUUGUGUAAUCGAUGUGCGGGACAGUGCAAGGAUCUCUUCUGCUUCUAGUGAUGGUACUGAAGUAGAAAGCGUUGGUACUGCAAUCAAGGGUGAGUUGGAUAGAACUGCUAGGCCAACGUUCACAGCUGGAAAGAAUAAGUCCGUUCGGUUUGAAUGUGAUCUUGAUCAAUCACACUCUUCUAAUUCUUCCGAGAAUAGCAGUUCAAGAAAACCCGAGAUGGGUGGCAAAAUUUGUUUCACAGUGAGCUCGCCUAAUCCAACCCCCUUGAAGCUAUCUGAUGAGAUGCAAACUCCUGGAACCAUAUAUCCUGCAAACAUGGAAUCAGCAGGAAGGGGGAGGCCUAGAAUCAGGUCGCAGUUUGUGCAUUCAGUUUCCAAUAUAAUGGAAAACGCAUCCUUAUAUAAGUGCUACAUGGAUUCACAUGGGAGCCUAGAUUACGAAGAGCAAAUAGAGGGUGAUACACCCUCUUCAGCAACUUAUGGUGAAAAGGUGGAAGAAAGCUCUGAUGAGAAGUUGUCUAAGUUUGAGGCAAGUUUUUCUCCUUGGCUAAACCAGAUCAACGAAGACAGUAACGAAAACAUUGCAGUUUUGAAUGAAAGGACACCAGGAGUAGCUGCCAUAACCCCCGGUGACAGGCCUAUCAUUGGAUUGGUUGCUGCUCAGUGGAUCGAGAAUGAGCAAACUGAGAUUUCACCCAAAUUGUGGGAUGGAAAUGGGAUCCCAAAUUCGACAACCAAAUACAAGGAGGAUCAGAAAGUGAGUUGGCAUGCAACACCGUUUGAAGUGAGACUGGAGAAGGCACUUUCUGAAGAAGGUGGUCAGAGUUUAUUCCCUCAAAGGAAACUUGAAGUGAUGAUGGAGGAGGUUGAAGGGGACACAGACAUAUCGCAGCUGCAGCAUUCAGUGCAACCAAACUCGAUAGUUUCCUUCUGAAAGUCCUCUCGGCUUUCGUACAGAACAGUAUUACUUACAUAUGGCUAUCAUUACUCAUGAACAAACGAAAUACUCUUGUUUCUGGCUUUUUAAGGAGCUUUAAAGAUACUAUUAAAGAAUAAAGUAUCAACAGUGAU